AUGUCUGGCCGCGGAAAGGGAGGAAAGGGACUCGGAAAGGGAGGAGCCAAGCGUCACCGCAAGAUUCUUCGUGAUAACAUCCAGGGCAUCACCAAGCCCGCCAUUCGCCGUCUCGCUCGCCGUGGUGGUGUCAAGCGUAUCUCGGGCCUCAUCUACGAGGAGACCCGCGGUGUCCUUAAGGUUUUCCUCGAGAACGUCAUCCGUGACGCCGUCACCUACACCGAACACGCCAAGCGCAAGACCGUCACUUCCCUUGACGUGAUCUACGCUCUCAAGCGCCAGGGCCGCACUCUGUACGGCUUCGGCGGUUAA